GGAGAAACAAUCCUGGAAAUCAAGACUGGGCACCAGUGGGUGUAUGUGGUGAGAUACUCGCCCGACAACACAAAAAUUGCGACCGGUGGCGAGACCGAGAACGCAGUGAAAACCUGGGAUGCGAAGACGGGCGAGCUGCUCGCCACACUCAAACACAAAUACUCAGUUUACCGCUUGGCGUGGACAUCAGAUGGAAAGAAGCUCAUCUCCGCAUCAGAUAGCCUGAUUAGGAUAUUCGACACAGCCACUUGGCUGGAAAUUGCCAUCCUUGAGGGUCACACACAAGUCAUCCGCGCCAUCUCCUUCUCUCGGAACAAUCGCCUCCUUGCAAGUACAUCAUGGGAUAAAACAGUGCGUCUAUGGAAUCUCGACACCAACCUCCCAGUCUGUCCACCCCUCCAGCACGAAGAUCAGCGACAAAAAUGUAUACAUGUGGGACAUUCACGCCAUCCUAAAACAAGCUAGCCUUGAAGACCUACUGACCACUGGUACUAAUAUUAAGGCAUCUCAAGGUGAGCUAGGAGUAGAGCGCACCCCCAGCCCCUCGCUCAGUGACAAGUCAUUUUUGGAGGCUGAUGCUACGCAAUAUCAUGACGGGUAUGGGGGUGUCGAUGAACUCCCACCGCGGUUUUUUGACGGCAUGGAAGCCGAUGAUGAUUCCUCCCCAACCAGUGGUGCCCAAUCUCAUUCCCCUGCAAGUGCACUCCUCGCUCGCCUUACCUCGCUCCUCCGCCGCUUUCAACCUGACAAAGCUGAGGCGAAUGAACUUCCGCAACCCCCAACGCUUUCAAGUUUGCAUCCACGCGUGCUCUUUGCUCGCGUGUCGUCACUCAUGCACCGCUCUCCACCUGAAAAUGAUGCGUCAAACGAACCCUCUAUGCCUUCGCGGUUAGAUCUACAUGCACUCCUCGCUCGCCUGUCCUCGCUUUUGCCUCGAUCCCGACUCGACACCGAUGAGGGAACCGACCCUCAUCCCACAACCCCUUUGGAUUCACGUCCAGAUGCGCUUGUGGAUAUCCUGUCCUCACUCUUCCGCUCUCAAUCCCAUUCCAACGAAGAAAUCGAAUUUCCGCAAAGCGCAAUUUGUCCUGAUGUUGUCGAAGUGGCUCCAAUGCGGGACAGGGAGGUAUUGUUUGUUGCUGCACGGCCGCAAGCCACUCAGCCUAAUGUUGCUAUGCCAGGUGCAAGGCCUGCGUAUCCACUACCCGUCCGACUGUUGGCUCAUCUCGUACUUUUUCUCUGCUGCGCGUCUCCUCAACACGUCGAUGGUAAUACACAAUCGGCACAGCAGCAGCAAGGUCAAUCGCAAUGUCCAGUCCAGACCCAAGCGUCGACGCCUACUGCUUCUGAUAUUCAUACUACUGCACCGGUUACAGCGACCGCACAGCCACGGCCCCUUCCAUUGCGAACUCGUUUCGUUCUUUUUCUCUGCUGUGCAUCUCCCCCGCAUGCAGACGGGCAUUGAUAUUGCAGUAUAUGGACACCUAUCUCAUCUGGUGAUUUUACAAUCAUUAUUAUCUCUUUGUUCACGGCGUGUGUAUAUUUGAAUUCUACAACCUCCCCAAUCUCGCUUUG